GCGACAUACACAUCGUUACAUAAUAUCGUACGAAUUCGCGUAUAGUCCGUAAGAAUGUAUAAUAAUUAUAAUACACACGUAUACCUACCUACCCACAGACGCGUUUAAGAUAACGUUCAAGUGAUCGUCGACGCCGCUGUACUAAUACAAUAGGUCCAUAAUGAACGCACCGAGUCCGGAAGUAGAUGUAUUUAUUAGCAACUACACGAUCGUCGAUCCAGACGUAUAUCAUCUAUGGGUGAAUGGAUAUUCUGCAUCGGAAGCAGUGUCCAUUCUGAAACAGUAUGGUAUUCUAGAGGAAAUGGGCACUACACUCGACUUGGUUGCAUCCGACAUUCUGGACCAUUAUAGAACUUAUAGUUUGCUGGAAAAAAUAAUACAUUAUCCAACAAAGUUAGAUCAACAGCUGGCAUUUCAAAUUGAGCCACAAACAAAACACAUAUUAGUAGAAAAAUAUUAUGAAAUAGAUGAUAUAGUUAUUCGAGAAUUUCUUGGAAAAAAAUUAUCAUCUAAACAUCGUAAAGAUUUAGACGAAGUUAGCGAAAAAACAAGCAUUGCAAUAAAAUCUUGCCGACGUCAAUUUGAUAAUGUCAAAAGAGUAUUCAAGGCUGUUGAAGAACUUCAAGGUUCUGUUAUCCAAAACAUUUCCAGCAUAUUUCUACUGUCAGAAGAUUUGGCAAAGAAGUAUGGAGUAAUUGUUUUCAUAGCUUGUAUGCGUUUUGAAACGUCGAAACGUAAAUUACAAAUGUUAACAUUUCCUGACUUUUAUGAACCAACUCUUUGUAUUAUGAACAAGUGGACUUAUCCUAAAAGUAGUCCAGAAUUUGGAGACACCGACUUGGAUCGAGAAUUUCUGCUCGAAUUAAGAGAAGUUAGAGUAUUAUUGGACAAAGAAAAGGAUCACAAACAUAUUGUAUGUCAAAAAUUAAAGCCAGAGUUUCUAGAAAAAACAUAUAAUAGUUUGGAAGUUAAUUUUCGUUUGUUGAGUAGAGCAAUAAUAGGAAUAGCCUAUAAUCUUCAUCACAAUAGAGACUUAAGAGGAUUCUUCCUUGAAGUAGUAGAACGAAUUAUUGAUCCAUGGAGAUUACUUGGUUGGAACAAAACAGAUGUAAUGAAUUUCCUUAAAGUAUACAUUAACUGUGCCAUAGAAUUAGAUAUAUUUCAAGAUGCAGAAGUAAAGAAAGCUUGGGAACGGUAUAUGGAUGUAAUAACAACCAGUGUCAAACAACUCUACUAAAAUGAUAAAGUGAUACAUUUUAAGAAAAUUAAAAAAUUGUUUGUUUUAUAGUAUAGACUGCUGAGGUAGUGAUUUUUAAUAUUAUGCCAGUUUUUUUGUAACACUGUGUCCUUAUAAACAGUUGUAACUAUAUUUUUUUAUAUAAUGUUUUAGAAAAAGUUAACUAUUUUUAUAAGCAUGUAUGCCUCAACACACCAAAAUAUUUGUUUUCUGUUUAUUGUAUUACAAUUAUUUUUAGAAGUGAGUGUUUUAUUUAACUUUUGUUUUUUGAAAGCUUUUAUAUAAAAUUUAGUAGUUAUACUUUUAUUGUAUAGAUUCACUAUAACUAUUAACCUGUGUGCUAGUCUUCAGU